AUGGAAAGGCCCAGCAGGGACAGGGCUCUGUCGGAGCUGGCUGACUUCAUUGCAAGGCCGCUCUCCAUAACCUUUGAGAAGUCGUGGAGAACGGGGGAUGUCCCAGAGGACUUGAGGAAGGCAAAUGUGACCCCUGUCUACAAGAAAGGCCCAAGAGCAGAUCCAGGUAACUGUAGGCCCAUCAGCCUUGCUUCAAACCCUGGGAAAGUUAUGGAACAAAUCCUCACAGACUGGGAUCCACCCAGCUGGAGAGCAGCUCUGUGGAAAGGGACCCGGGGGGUCCCGGUGGACGGGAAGCUCAGCGUAUUUGCUCCGCUGAAGAUACUGCCAAGUCAGUGCCUCCUACCUCUGAAGAUACCAGAUGCCUGCAUUUUCAGGCCUUCUUGGGCUGUUCCUCCUAAAAUUGAACAACUUCCUUUGCCACCUGCAGCCACUUUCAUUAGAGAUGGCUACAACAAUGUGCCUAGCGUUGGGAGUUUGGCCGACCAAGACUAUCUUCAGCUGAACACUCCUCAGAUGAAUACACCAGCGACGCUAAAUAGUACCGCUCCGGCCAGCAACAGCGGAGCAGGAGUUCUGCCGUCACCAGCGACUCCCCGCUUCUCUGUCCCCACCCUACGCACUCCCAGGACCCCAAGGACUCCUAGAGGUGGGGGUACUGCGAGCGGCCAAGGAUCUGUAAAAUAUGACAGCACAGAUCAAGGUUCACCUGCUUCUACCCCUUCUACAACCCGACCGCUUAAUUCUGUGGAGCCGGCCACUGUCCAGCCAAUCCCAGAAGCCCACAGCCUGUACGUCACCCUGAUUCUUUCAGACUCUGUGUUGAACAUCUUCCAAGACCGUAACUUUGAUAGUUGCUGUAUAUGCGCCUGUAAUAUGAAUAUUAAAGGUGCAGAUGUUGGAUUAUACAUCCCAGAUUCGUCUAACGAGGAUCAGUACCGUUGCACCUGUGGCUUCAGCGCUAUUAUGAACCGCAAAUUAGGUUACAACUCCGGGCUCUUCAUUGAGGAUGAGCUGGAUAUUUUUAGCAAGACCUCGGACAUUGGCCAAGCUGCAGAAAGACGACUGAUGAUAUGUCAAAGCAACUUGAUCUCUCAGCUGGGAGAGGGAGCUAGAAGGACCCAGGAACCUCCAAUGAGCCUCCUCCUCCAGAAUCAGCACACACAGCCUUUCACAUCUCUGAGCUGCUUGGAUUAUAUGUCCUCCAACAAUCGUCAGACACUCCCGUGUAUGAACUGGAGUUACGACAGGCUGCAGGCAGACAGUAACGACUCCUGGAUAGAGUGCUUCAAUGCCCUCGAGCAAGGCAGGCAGUAUGUGGACAACCCCACUGGUGGAAAAGUGGAUGAAGCCCUAGUAAGAAGUGCCACUGUACAUUCUUGGCCUCACAGCAAUGUAUUGGAUAUCAGCAUGCUCUCCUCCAAGGACGUGGUGCGCAUGCUGCUGUCGCUACAGCCCUUUCUCCAGGAUGCUAUCCAGAAGAAGUGAACGGGAAGGACCUGGGAGAACAUCCAGCAUGUGCAGGGACCACUCACCUGGCAGCAAUUCCAUAAGAUGGCAGGACGGGGAACCUAUGGCUCUGAGGAAUCCCCUGAGCCUCUUCCGAUCCCGACUUUACUAGUGGGUUAUGACAAGGACUUCCUGACAAUCUCUCCGUUCUCCUUGCCGUUCUGGGAGAGGCUGUUGCUAGACCCAUACGGGGGCCAUCGGGAUGUCGCCUAUAUCGUGGUGUGUCCAGAAAAUGAGGCCUUGCUCGAUGGAGCCAAAACUUUCUUCAGGGACUUGAGUGCUGUAUACGAGAUGUGUAGACUUGGCCAGCACAAACCAAUCUGCAAAGUGUUACGCGAUGGGAUUAUGCGGGUGGGAAAGACUGUGGCACAAAAGCUAACAGACGAGCUCGUGAGCGAAUGGUUUAACCAGCCUUGGGGCACUGAGGAGUGCGACAAUCAUUCCAGACUCAAACUUUAUGCGCAAGUUUGCCGGCAUCACCUAGCACCUUACUUAGCCACUCUGCAGCUUGACGGCAGCCUAUUGCUGCCACCUAAGUACCAAACCCCAGCGCCAGCAAGCCAGACACAGACAGCACCUGGGAACGCUGGACCUGUACCCUCAAACUCAACAUGUCUUUCAGCUGCUGGGGCACCACCAACAGGCAAUUCUUUUAACUCCACGCCCAGCGGUGGGACCACAAGCCUUCCGGCAGGAAGUAGUUCAUCCUCUGGAUCCUCUGUGCCACAGCUGUCAGCAUCUUCUGCGACACCCGGCGUCAACCAGAUGACCACUACCUCUACUCCAGGGUUUAGUGGGAACAUUGGUUCAGGGCAAAACACCAGCACUGGGGGAAGCACAGCAGACCGCUCGCAAGGAAGCACAGGUCCUGGAGGAGACACAGAACCGGGCCAAAACGUACCACAGCAGCAACAAGAAGGACAGGAAGGUGUUACAGAGAGGGAGAGAAUAGGGAUUCCCACUGAACCAGAGUCUGCGGACAGCAAUGCCUAUCCUCCAGCGGUUGUCAUCUACAUGGUGGAUCCUUUUACCUAUACUGCAGAUGAAGAAUCUGCCUCAACCAACUUUUGGCUGUUAAGUUUGAUGAGAUGCUACACAGAAAUGUUGGAUAACUUGCCUGAGAAUAUGAGGAAUUCUUUCAUUCUCCAGAUUGUGCCUUGCCAGUACAUGCUGCAGACAAUGAAGGAUGAACAGGUUUUCUACAUUCAGCACUUGAAGUCUCUGGCGUUUUCAGUGUACUGCCAGUGCAGGAGGCCAUUGCCCACACAGAUCCACAUCAAGUCUCUCACAGGCUUUGGGCCAGCUGCCAGCAUUGAGAUGACCCUCAAAAGUCCUGAGAGGCCCAGCCCAAUCCAGUUAUACUCUCCUCCUUUCAUACUGGCACCCAUCAAAGACAAACAGACAGAGUUGGGAGAAACAUUCGGAGAGGCCAGCCAGAAAUACAAUGUGCUUUUUGUUGGAUAUUGUUUGUCCCAUGACCAGCGUUGGCUUCUGGCAUCCUGCACUGACCUUCAUGGUGAAUUGUUGGAGACCUGCAUAGUUAAUAUUGAUUUACCAAACAGGUCAAGGAGGAGCAAGUUGUCUGCCCGUAAAGUUGGUCUGCAGAAGCUAUGGGAAUGGUGCAUUGGCAUUGUACAGAUGACAUCGCUGCCUUGGAGAGUUGUCAUCGGGCGGCUCGGCCGCCUGGGCCACGGAGAGUUAAAAGACUGGAGUAUUCUCCUUGGGGAAAGUUCCCUGCAGACAAUCAGCAAACAGCUAAAGGAGGUGUGCCGCAUGUGUGGCAUCUCAUCAGCAGACUCUCCUUCUAUCCUCAGUGCCUGCUUAGUUGCCAUGGAGCCACAGGGGUCGUUUGUUGUGAUGCCAGAUGCUGUCACUAUGGGCUCGGUGUUUGGCCGGAGCACUGCGCUGAAUCUGCAGUCAUCUCAGCUGAACACCCCUCAGGAUGCCUCCUGUACCCACAUCCUGGUUUUCCCAACCUCUGCUACUAUCCAGGUAGCACCAGCAAAUUACCCCAAUGAGGAUGGAUUCAGCCCUACGAAUGAUGACAUGUUUGACCUCCCGUUCCCAGAUGACAUGGACAAUGACAUUAGAAUUUUAAUAACAGGGAAUCUUCACUCCUCACCAAAUUCCUCCCCAGUUCCUUCCCCUGGAUCACCAUCUGGCAUUGGAGGGGGAUCUCACUCCCAGCAUAGCAGGAGCCAAGGCGAACGUCUCCUUUCCAGAGAAGCCCCCGAAGAACUAAAGCAGCAACCUCUUGCUCUGGGAUACUUCGUAUCAACUGCCAAAGCUGAGAAUCUUCCGCAGUGGUUCUGGUCAUCCUGUCCUCAGGCACAAAACCAGUGUCCCCUCUUCCUGAAGGCCUCAUUACAUCACCAUAUCUCUGUAGCGCAGACAGAUGAGCUCCUACCUGCCAGAAAUUCUCAGUGAGUUCCUCACCCCCUUGACUCUAAAACUACAUCAGAUGUCUUGAGGUUCGUUUUGGAGCAGUACAAUGCACUGUCCUGGCUUACGUGUAACCCUGCCACUCAGGAUCGCAGCUCCUGCCUUCCUGUCCACUUUGUGGUGCUCACUCAGUUGUACAAUGCCAUCAUGAAUAUACUUUAAUAGAUGCGAAAGCACUUGUUCUUCUGGCUUAUUCUCCCCUCGACCUGAGAAACGUGCCACAGUCUGCAAAGAUCACGAUUUUGCUUCUCUUCAGACCAGUCCUGUGCUGUGCUUCUGUUCCUCCAAAAGCACAUGUGAAUUCUGCAGUGUUCAAAACUAAACUACCCAUUGACAUCUCUGGCAGCUUCAGUCCAAAAUCUGGGAACAUCCAAUAACAGUGAACACAGUGUAACCUCAAGCCAGUGUUAGUUUGGUGGCCCAGUAACUACUGGUCAGUGUGAUUAUUUUUUUUAAUAUUUUAUUUUUUUAAGGAAGACUACAGUAUCUUUUUGCAUUAGGAACUCUGAUAAACAACCAAGAGCAGUUUCAGCCCUGCAAGUAAAAAUACCUUGUAGUGACCAGUUGGGGUUGUCCAAAACUUUUGUUGUUCGAUCAUCAUAAACUGGGACUUUGCAGGAGGAAAAAAAAAAACAAACAAAAAAAACCAAAAAAAACCACCCCAAAACCACAACAACCCACACAAUUGUAAUGUCGUAUAAAUAUUGGAGUUUUCUGUCUGCCUGGAGUUCCUGUCAGAGUGGAUUGGGAUGAAUGCAUGCAUUUGUUACCUGUCCAUGUAGAUAUGAAUGGUCUGGAGAUACUUUAUUUAUUUUUAAGUUUGGGGAGGGGAGGGAUUAAAUUCUAAAGGACCAGGAACAGUAGAAUAUCUUAAAAAAUCCAGCUCCGUUCCACCGUAGGGUUAUUUAUCUACAUACCUCUCACUCGUCUGACCUAGAAAUCAAAAGUGAAGCUAGUAACAAUCAAAGUCCAAGCUGGGAAGGGAGAAUCAUGUUCUGGUAAGGAAAUACUUGUAUUUUAAGGAAUUCUCACCUGCAUUUAGCCUGGUUAAAGCACGGAAUGGCCAGUGUUUGAUGAAGGAUAACACUACCUAGUGGAAGAAGAGUGAGUGAGAGGUAGGGAGGAAAAAUACUUUGAAGCCCAAUGUAAGGGCAAAUGGAAAGUGGUAAAUUAAUCUAUUGUAGAGCUAUGAUUGAAAUAUAUUUCCAGUAAAUUUAGUGAUGCUAGAAAAGUAUUUACUGAAACCCAAGUUGCCCUUUAAUUCUGGGCAGACUCGUCCAUGUACACAUCCAAAAAGAUGGUUUUUGUUUACACUAAAUCAGUUACAAAUCUGGUGUAUUUUUUCUGACUAUAGGAAUAUUAUUUCAAAGAAAUAAUUUUAAAAAAUUAUAUCAUUAAAUUAGUACUUGAAGUUAUACCACUGUGGUGGAAAAGUUACUUUGUUUAGUAAAAUGAUUGCCAUUUUAAAGGUUAAUGGCUAAUUGAAGUAUUUUUAUGACUCCUUCAUUCCAGGCUUCAAGGGGUUUAUAUUUAAACUCCAUUUUCUAAUGUUUGUUGUUGCACUGUGCAGCAGGCAUGGACUGCCUUACGUGAGGGGUCGGGCACUUUGAUCAGGCUGUGUGACCUAGUUAUCUAUCUGUGGAGAAAAACCUACAAAUUUUAAAGUUCUUCCAAAAGACUUUCAUGUUCUGGUUAAAAAAAAUGAAA